CACCGCCCCCAGCGUGUCGCAGUGUGCCAAGCGCAUGUUCAUCACCAGCGCAGCUCGCACUCCGACAGCCGACUCGACGCCCACUGCGCCGUUCGCGGGAUAACGACGAGGAACAAAUCCGCAGGCUGCUUCGGGCGCGCGCUCGGGACUUUGCAGCAAAAAAAGAAAGAAAAAAAGAACCCACGAAAACAAACCCCGGACGUCUUUUCUUUCUUCGGCGCGCCGGAGGGGAGUCGGGGGAUCCACAGGUAACUGCAGGUACGUCGCCAAAAGCGCCGCGGGAUGCCGGAGCUGCUGAUCAGAUAACGGUGACAAAACACCACGCAGGGGACAGAGGAUCAAGAAGAAUUGGUCCGCCUGCAUCCCGCACACCAGUGCUCCUGCGACGUGUGGCCGACAUGCUGGGGAUCUGUGUGUGUCUGUGCGCCGUCUUCACGCACGUCCUCUCCCAGGAGGCGGAGGAGCCCAUCUCCUACACUUGCACAGAAGGGUACGAGUAUGAUACAGCCAGGGAGCAGUGCAGAGACAUCGACGAGUGUGCUCUGUUGGAUGAUGCCUGCAAGGGAGGGAUGCAGUGUAUCAACCACUUUGGCGGAUACCUCUGCCUCCCCAAGAGCGCCGUCAUCUACAUCAGCAAGGACGGCGAGCAGGUGCCGCUGCCGGACUCCGUCCCCCCCGUGCCGCCGAGCCAGCCUCACGUCCCGCCGGUGUUCUCCGGCGGCCCCAGGGUCCCCCAGCCCAGCCGGACCAUCCGCUGCGCGCCCGGAUUCACUGCGGAUGAGCAGAACCUCUGCAGAGACGUAGAUGAAUGUGCGACAGAUAGUCACACGUGUGGCCCCGAUCAGACGUGCUACAACACCAGAGGCUCCUACACCUGCCAGUGUCAUCCAGGCUUCCAGAGGAACGGAGACCACUGCGUCGACAGGGACGAGUGCGCCCUGACCCAUUACUGCAUGCACAGAUGUGUUAACACCCAGGGCUCGUACUACUGCGAGUGCAACGCAGGUCACAAGUUGGCCAGCAACAACCACAGCUGUGUUGAUGUGAACGAGUGUGAUGUGCAGAGUCCCUGUCAGCACCACUGCUAUAACUUGAUCGGCUCCUUCCUGUGCCAGUGUGACCAGGGCUACGAGCUGGCACAGGACAUGGUCUCCUGCCAAGAUAUUGAUGAAUGCAGCUUCUCCAGCUACAUGUGUCAGUACCAGUGUAUCAACAGCCCAGGAAGUUACUCCUGCGAGUGUCCAGAGGGAUAUCAGCUCCAGGGGAACAGGUUGUGUCAAGACAUUAAUGAAUGCGAGACGGGGACCCAUAACUGCCAAGAUGAUGAAAUGUGUUGGAACUAUUACGGAGGAUUCCGCUGCUAUCCCAGGAACCCCUGUGAGGCGCCCUACGCCAAAACCUCCGAAAACCGCUGUAUCUGCCGCUCUCAGGCCGAGUGCCAGGGUCUCCCGCCAUCAAUUGUCUACAAAUACAUGAGCAUCCAGGCGGACCGGACGGUGCCAGCCGACAUCUUCCAGAUCCAGGCCACCAACAUCUACUCCAACACGCACAACACGUUCAGGAUCAAAGCUGGGAACGAGGCGGGGGAGUUUUUCCUGCGGCGUUCCAGCAACAUGAGUGCCAUGCUGGUGCUCACCAAGACUCUGUCAGGCCCGAGGGAGUACGUCGUGGACCUGGAGAUGAUCACUCACCAUCUGACCAUGAACUACCGCUCCAGCUCGCUGCUGCGGCUCACCGUCAUCGUCGGGCCCUACGCUUUCUGAGCGCCGCAAACUCCCCACAGCCUACAUAAGUCUGGUUCAGCAACGCAUAGCAGUGUAGCACGGCAGAUGCCUGUAUCAGCAUAAAAAUACUGUACAUUUUCAUUAAAAUACACGCAUACCACAUAUAACAUAGGAUGUCCACGACUCGUACGGCAGCGCAGCAGCUCCAAUUGGCUCGAUCAAGACAGACCAGUCCAUUCUGUCAUGUGACCACUGGGCAUCUUUUCUCCCAAAGGUGCUGGACAGAGUGGAAAUAAGGAAGAGGCUGCGUGCAGCAUUCUCCCCUGCAGUGUGUCUAUUUGCCACUUCCUUUCCCAAAAACAAUUAGGCACAGAGCGGUGGCACUCAGAAAAAGAGGCCACAUCCCGACUGGGGAUGAAAUUUUGAUGCAGCUGCACCUACAUUUAUCACUUUGUUCAGACCAGAACUGUCACCUUGGUGCACUGGCGAAGCACGCCGUUGAAAGAAAGAGAGAAAAAAAAUGUUCUUUAUUAAUGUACAUGUACAAAUAUCCAGCAUGAGCUUCUUUUGAUACAGAAGUCUUUUUAAAAAAUUGGGUUUUUUUAUCACAGCUUUGGUUGAUGAAUGUUGUAGGGGGUUAGUGCUGCUGCGCCACGCUAUUCAUGCAACUGUACAGUUUUACUCAUGAGUAAUAAUUUCCAGAACAGUUCAGAAGUGUAAGGGGAGGGAAUUUGCCUGUUUGAGUUGAGAGAGUGCUAAACUUUGGACGACAACAGGCUUCGUGCUCAUGGACUUCACUAACAAGAGUUGAGUCGUGUACAUACAAAGGUAACAAAUCUGUGUGUGUGUGUGUGUGUGCGCGUGCGUGUGUGUUGUGUGUGUGUGUGUGUGUGUGUGUGUGUGUCUGGCUUUGUUUUUGCAUGCAAGCAAGUGAAAGUGUGAAACACAGAGGGAGAGAAAGGGAAAGAGUGAGACGGAGCUUGUUCUCUGCCCGAGGUUCAGUGGAUGUGGUUGAGCUGUUUAUGCGUCUCUUUGAUACCAUCCCUCACAGCCCUCGGUCACAGAGGCAAUAACACAGAGUCUUGAACUCGACAACACGCACAGGAAAUGACGGCUUUCCUAGCACACCUUGGCCAAUUGACCCCUCAUUGGUGCCACAGUCAUCCCCCCGAGGAGCCGCUGGGCUUUCUAAUGCCGGUCCCAGGCAAGAAGUCACACUGGCACCGGGGCGGCUGGCUCGCGUGAUAAAGAUAAUUACAGUGCUUUGCCGUGUAUCUGGUUCAUGUGUGAAACGGGGGAUUGUUCAAAUGUUAAUACAAGUGCCACCACACUUUUUUUUGGAAGAAGAGUAACAUUUCACUACGUGCUUUGCCUUUCGUGACUCCACGUGUCUGCUCUGGCUUAUUGCUGAAACACUGUACACUUUGGACUCACUGCACUAAAAAAAAAAAAAAAAACACAUCGGAAACCAAC